GUAAAUUUUGUAGAUGACUUAAAUGCCCAUUUUGUCUAAAUCAAUGCCCAUUUGUCUCCUCUAAUAAUAGAAAGUCCCGAAUGUUAUAAUGUCGUUCAAUCGACAACUUCUCUUACCUUACUUCUUCGUUUUUCUUGUCCUCUCCAACUUCGUAUCCGCUACAACAACACCCAAAGAAGAAGUGGAUGCGUUAAGAGGUGUAGCGGAGAAGUUGCAAGUGCGUUGGGAUUUCGAAGUGGAUCCAUGCGGCGUUAGUUCAUCUGUAUGGGGGAUGAAUGGUAUACGAUUCACAGAAAGUGUUACUUGUAACUGCUCCUCCGUCGUUUGCCACAUCACCGGCAUAGUUCUCAGGGAACAAAACCUUAAAGGAUCUCUUCCUACAGAAUUUUCAAGACUUCCUUUCCUUCAAGAGAUUGAUCUCUCUAGAAACUAUUUCAAUGGGUCCAUUCAUCCCAAAUGGGGAGACUCAUCACUUGUAAACAUCUCACUACUUGGAAACCAGAUAAGUGGUCCAAUCCCAAAAGAACUUGGAAACCUUUCCAACCUUCUUACUCUUUCCUUGGAAUACAACCAAAUCUCAGGGAAAUUACCUCCAGAGCUCGGGAAUCUACCGAACAUUCAAAGACUGCUUCUAAGCUCUAACUACUUGAGCGGGCAAAUACCAAGUACAUUUGCCAACCUAACUAAACUGACUAAUUUACGUAUUAGUGACAACCAGUUCAUUGGUACUAUACCAGAUUUCAUCCAGAAAUGGACAGGACUUGAGAGACUUGUCAUUCAAGCAAGUGGUUUAAAUGGACCGAUUCCUAGUGCCAUUGGUCUUCUGGGAACCUUAACAGACUUGAGAAUCAGUGACUUGAGCGGACCUGAAUCUCCAUUUCCGCCUCUACAAAAUAUGACAUCCUUAAAGAGAUUGAUUCUUAGAAACUGCAACCUUACAGGGGGCUUACCUGCGUAUAUUGGAAGCAGAACCUUAAAGCAUUUAGAUAUUAGCUUUAACAAACUUAGUGGACCAAUCCCGGACGCAUAUACUGCUCUUUCAGAUAUAGAUUACAUAUACUUUACAAGUAACAAGUUAAAUGGAAUAGUACCAAGUUGGAUCACAGACAAAGGAGACACGAUUGAUCUUAGUUACAAUAACUUCUCCAAAGAUAUUACAACCGAGAAAUGUCAACAUAUAUCCGUGAAUAUGUUUUCAAGCACAAGCCCUUUAGCGGCAAAUAACUCCUCAACUGUUUCGUGUCUGAGCACCUGUCCUAAAACUUUCGACGGCCUUCAUAUAAACUGUGGUGGUAAUGAAAUAACAAUCAAUGGGACUAAGUAUGACGGUGACACAUGGGAUCAACACGGUUUCUAUGAUAGUAGAAACGGGUGGGUUUCUAGCAACACGGGAAACUUCUUGAACGAUGAUCGUGUGAAUAGUGGAAACACCGUAUGGGAAAAAUCAUCAGAGCUUGAGAUAACAAAUUCUUACUUAGAUUCUUGGCUUUAUACACAAGCGCGGCUCUCGGCCAUCUCCCUCACAUAUUACGCGUUUUGUCUUCGAGAGGGAUCAUAUACGGUUAAUCUUCACUUCGCUGAAAUUAUGUUUAGUGAAAGCAGUUUGGGAAGACGAUUCUUUGACAUAUACGUUCAGGGUAAACUUGAGGUGAAAGAUUUCAAUAUUGUUGAUGAGGCAAAAGGUGUGGGAAGAGCUGUGGUUAAGAAAUUUCCGGUAGUGGUUACAAAUGGCAAACUGGAGAUAAGAUUGCAGUGGGCUGGGAAAGGAACUCAAGCUAUUCCUAUGAGUGGUGUAUAUGGUUCUCUAAUAUCAGCAGUAUCGGUAGAUCCAACUGGUGGUAGUGGAGGAAGUUCUGUUGGUACAGUGGUUGGUAUUGUAAUCGCUACAACAGUGUUUCUUGUGCUUUUAGUCGGCGGUAUAUUAUGGUUGAGAGGUUGCUUAAGAUCCAAGAGUAACAUGGAAAAAGAUUUUAAGAACUUAGAUUACCAGAUUAGUUCGUUCUCGUUGAGGCAAAUCAAAGUUGCUACGGAUAACUUUGAUCAGGCAAACAAGAUCGGAGAAGGCGGUUUCGGUCCUGUACACAAGGGGAUGUUAGCUGAUGGAACCGUUAUCGCAGUGAAGCAGCUAUCAUCAAAAUCAAAUCAAGGGAAUCGAGAGUUCUUGAACGAGAUUGCUAUGAUUUCCGCUUUGCAGCAUCCUCAUUUGAUUAAACUAUAUGGAUGUUGUGUAGAAGGUAAUCAGCUUCUGCUAGUUUACGAGUACUUGGAAAACAACAGCCUCGCGCGAGCUCUUUUUGGUCCUGAAGAGACUCAGAUAGAACUAAACUGGCCAACGAGGCAGAUGAUAUGCAUGGGAAUAGCGAGAGGACUAGCUUAUCUCCACGAGGAAUCAAGACUCAAGAUUGUACAUAGAGAUAUCAAAGCCACUAAUGUAUUGCUGGACAAGGAACUAAACCCAAAGAUUUCGGAUUUUGGUCUUGCUAAGCUUGAUGAACAAGGAAACACACACAUGAGCACACGAGUAGCGGGAACAUAUGGAUACAUGGCUCCAGAAUACGCAAUGAGAGGCCAUUUGACAGAUAAAGCUGACGUCUAUAGUUUCGGUGUUGUGGCUCUGGAAAUCGUUCAUGGAAAGAGCAACAGAAGCCCUCAAUACAAGGACGAUAUCUUCUACCUUCUUGACUGGGUACAUGUUCUAAGGAAGCAAAACAAACUGCUGGAAGUUGUAGAUCCUAGGCUAGGAACAGAUUACAACAUGCGAGAAGCAAUGAUGAUGAUUCAGAUCGGGAUCCUCUGCACCAGUCCAGCUCCGGGGGAUAGACCGUCGAUGUCUACGGUGGUGACUAUGCUCGAAGGGCAUUCGACGGUGAAUGUUGAGAAGCUUCUAGAAGCUUCGUUUAACAAAGAAAGCGAAAAGGACGAAGAGAACGUGAAAGCGAUGAAGAGACAUUUCGCGACUAUAGGUGAAGAAGAGAUAACGAGUAGGACUGAUCGGGCUAUCUUCGACGUUAUUUAUCCUGUUCAGCUUGAUUAUGUUGAGUAAUGUCUAUUUUGUAUUCAAACCAAGUAAGGAAAUCAGAGAAACUAAACUAGAUGGAAUCAUCAGUCUACUUAAGCUAAUGGAGUGGUUUAAGUUGCUUGUAAAACUAGGCUACAAUCUAGUACUAAGCAAAGCCUAGUGGGAGUAGUUUCGUAGUAAAAAUCAGAGAGUGCUUACUUGCUCUAUAUAUAACUAUGUAUGUGUUCUUUGAAAUUCUGAAGGAAAUGUACU